UGUUCCCCCCCUUCCACAGACUCAAGGAUCCCUCACUCUCCAAUAACUUUCAAUUUCACUAGUCCGCAUACUCGGCGCUCAAGUGUAAGCGACCGGACUGCUCCCAACGCAUCGGACUUCGCUUAACACCGGACUGCUCAUAACACAGCGGACUGCUGCUAACACAGAGCGUAUCUCCAAGACGCGCGGAAACCAAACGCGCGUAAAAGAAACGCGCUUUACGCGGUGGAGUUCUCCAGCGUGCGAUACACUCCGAUGACACUCAUGCACAGCUGACAGAAGAAACGAUGAAAGAAGCGAUGAGUUUAGAAUGAGUUGUUUCAUUUGAAUGUACUACGUGUCAUUGCAAACCUAUUGCGGUAUCCGGAGGAACACUUGGGAUGGAAAAUAAUUGCUUUUAUCUGCCACGUCUGGACUAUAGUACAAACUCGCAAGGAAGAAUGAAGUAACCGCUAUGGAGACGGACAAUGCCCCGUACUCCAAACUCAAAACAGCUGGAGUAGGGGGGAGGGUGCUGAUUCUCUGGACCAUCCUGUGUCUCAGCUGCUCCCUGAGGUCAGCGCAGGCCCAAGAUGUGGACGUGCUCCAGCGACUGGGACUCUCCGGUCGGCGCGGGGCCGGUGGAUCGCGCUCCGUCCCUAAUGGCGUCAUCGUGGUCAAAUCGGGUGCCAUCCUCACCCAGCGGGCGCGGGUCCAGGUGCCUCUUCGCACGGUCCUGCCCGCCUCCUACGCCUCCGCCAACCUCUCCGUGAUCCUCAGCCUCUCCGCCCAUCGCGUCAACAGCGCCUUCAUCUUCAGCGUCCUGUCGAGGAAGAAGAAGCUGCAGCUGGGGGUGGAGCUGGCCCCGGGGAAGGUGCUGGUGCACGUGGGCCAGAGGAACUCUGUGAGCCUGGACUACAACGUCCACGACGGACUCUGGCACAGCCUGGCGCUGGACAUCCGGGGACAGCGGGUGUUUCUGUACACGUCGUGUGGGAACCGGACCGCCCAGGCGGAUCUGCCUUCGAGCAAGGAGGAGACCCUGGACCCAGAGGGCUCCUUCGUUUUGGGCAAAAUGAACCAGAACUCGGUGCCGUUCGAAGGCGCCAUCUGUCAGUUUGACAUUUAUCCUUCCGCUGAGGCAGCUCAUAACUAUUGUGAUUACAUUAAGACACAAUGCCGGGAGGCCGACUCGUAUCGGCCCGCUUUCCAGCCUCUACUACCUCUGCUGCCCCAGGAGCUUAACAUUACUGUUACCCAAAUGACUCCAAGGUCGUUGACCGAGCUUACGAAAAAGGCCCAUAGAGCCACUCUGGGCUGGCCUGAGGAAACCAGAAGGGCCGGGUUCCUCCAGCCCACUCAGAGAUCAUCCAUGUUUCACAAAACGGUGCUUCCAACACACGCCUCUCCGGUGCACAGGACCACGUCUGUCUCAGCUCCGGUACACCGAGGGUCGGCCCGUCACCCUCGGGUACCGGGUACCGACGCCGUCAGCCUGUCUCUGCCGACCGGUACAAGUAACCCAACAGUCCCCAAGUCAACACCUCCUGGCAGGCUGAGCAGAGAGCUGGCAGAAGGAGAUAUUAAAAGGCCCAAACCCUCUGUCAACAGCACGCCUUCAGCUGCCUUCUCGAAGCCACCGGAGAUCAAAUCUGUUCCACAGACCACUGCAGCGGCCAAACUGGGAUCCUCUUCAAACACCUACCUACUCUACCAGAGGCAGCUGAUUACAAUGGCCCCAAAGAAACUCCAGCCAAGAGUGACCAAGACACCGGAUGUUAAACCUACUGUGCUUAUCCCGGUCACCCCAGCUGCAACAGAUGGCUUCCAAAUAUUUGACUUGGACCCGACCCAAUUCUCUCUGCUGGCGGGACCACCUGGACUAAAGGGAGAACCAGGACCAGCGGGACAGGAGGGCCCUCCAGGGAUCCCGGGCCAGCCAGGCAAGAGAGGAUCUCGGGUAAUCCAUCCUCCACGUUUUAUCAGCAACACGUCUCUGUUGUCCAAAGCAUCCAUUUGUAUUCGUACGUCGGACCCACUGUGUUCCAACCACAACAUGUGCAGGCCAACCUCAUUAGUCGGACAGAAAGGCCAUCCGGGGGUGCCUGGGCUUCCGGCCGAACCGGGCGAGCGGGGCGAUCCUGGAAGCCCGGGGGCCAAAGGUUAUCCUGGCAGGCAGGGUUUACCCGGACCGAUUGGGAAGAUGGGGCCUAAAGGAACCAGGGGUCACAUAGGGCUCCCCGGGCUCUUCGGGCUUCCCGGACCCGACGGGGAGAGGGGGAGUCCUGGCGGUCCUGGGAAGAAGGGCAAGAUGGGUAGGCCGGGUUUUUCCGGAGACCCGGGAGAGAGGGGGCCGCCCGGUCCUGAUGGGAACCCGGGGGAGCUGGGAGCCCCGGGUCCCUGUGGGGUCCAUGGUCUCAUCGGCGACAUGGGGUCUGGAGGUGUGAUUGGCUUAGCAGGACCUCCGGGACUCAAGGGAGUUCCGGGCAAUCCAGGGGAACCAGGACUGAAAGGUGAUAAGGAGGAAGUGGGUAUACCCGGCGAGCAGGGUGAACACGGUUUCCAAGGCGACAAGGGUAUCGUGGGGUUGCCAGGGUUACCGGGACAACGUGGGAAACCUGGAUCCCAGGGGAAACCAGGGGACAGCGGUCCUGCUGGCCUGGCCGGCCCUCCCGGCCCGGAGGGGUUCCCCGGGGAUCUCGGCCCACCGGGACACAACGGCCCCGAGGGACCCAAGGGUAGGGCCGGGCUCCGAGGGUUACCUGGACCCAGCGGGAUCCCUGGACUGGAGGGUGACGAAGGCCCACCUGGGCCGGCUGGACCAUCUGGACCAGAGGGCAGAGCUGGGAGGCCGGGAUUCGGAGGCAGCGCCGGCCCAGACGGUCUCAAGGGGGAGACGGGCGUAAGUGGCGAGGUCGGAGCGCACGGAGAGAAGGGGCCACCUGGGUUCCUGGGGCCCGUGGGGGAGCCAGGCAUCGCUGGAGAAAAGGGCGAGCGAGGGGAGGUGGGAGAUCCCGGACCGCAGGGGGUGAAGGGAGCGACGGGUCAUCCUGGCUCCCCUGGACAGAGGGGAUCCCCCGGAGAGCAAGGCUUCCCAGGCCGUCCUGGUUCUCAGGGAUCCAUUGGUGUCCGAGGACCCAAAGGACUCAGGGGCCCUGUGGGUCCAUACGGGCUCCAGGGAGGGAAAGGUUCUGCUGGAGUCAUGGGCCUGGAUGGUCCACCCGGAAAACCUGGGUUCCCUGGACAGAUGGGGAAGAUCGGCGAGCGAGGAGAAUCUGGACCGAAGGGAUUUCCAGGUAUCCAGGGACCAUCAGGACCUCCUGGUGCCAAGGGCUUUGCAGGAGAGCCAGGGCCGGCGGGGCCCGCUGGAUCGACGGGGCCUCUCGGAGACAUGGGACCAAAGGGACCGCUGGGGAGGGCAGGGGCGAGCGGGCUGCCUGGUGAUCCUGGAGAGAAGGGGGCCCCGGGUCCCAUCGGAAGCCCGGGAGAGCUGGGCCUGAUGGGUCAGAGGGGGGAGGCUGGAGUGUACGGUGAGGUUGGAGCAAGCGGACCUGACGGAGUCAAGGGCGAGGCGGGCGACGUGGGGGCCGAAGGGGCCCAGGGAGAGAGGGGUCUGUUGGGCACCAAGGGGAAGGAGGGCCCCCCCGGGGCUCCUGGCCUGGUGGGGGUGAGGGGUCAAGAGGGUAAACCUGGAACAAUCGGCCAACGAGGAAAAGCUGGAGACAAGGGAAGCCAGGGCCCCCAGGGCCCGCUGGGCGAGACGGGGCCCGUGGGGGGGCAGGGCGAGCCGGGCCACGUCGGACCCAAGGGUGCCAGGGGAACCAUAGGACCCACGGGGGCCCCAGGCAGGAUGGGGCCACAAGGGACUCCGGGAGUGGCCGGGUAUGAGGGACACAGAGGAGCCCAGGGCCCGGUAGGCCCGCCUGGACCAAAAGGUGAAAAGGGUGAGCCAGGGGACGACAGCAAGGUGGAGGGACCGCGGGGAGCCGCCGGGGACAGAGGUUCUCCGGGCGCCACGGGAACCAGAGGGGAACCAGGGGAUCCAGGAUACGAGGGCCAGCCCGGGCUGGACGGGGCCAGAGGUCAGGCUGGGGCCCCGGGCUCUCCUGGCCACGCCGGACCCCGCGGACAGGGAGGGCUGAAGGGGUCCAAAGGUCACCAAGGCAAGGAGGGGAAGGCGGGGCCGAGAGGACUGUCUGGGAGCAGAGGAUCCCCGGGUCCAGAGGGUCCAGCGGGCCCCCGGGGCGUGCUGGGCAGAGAGGGCCUGGAGGGGCCCUCGGGGACGGACGGGGCUGCUGGCACCGACGGAGUCAAAGGAAACAAGGGCGAGCAGGGAGGCGACGGGUCGUUGGGUCUGGCUGGCAAGGCGGGCCUGCAGGGGACGGCGGGCGUCCCGGGGCUGCCGGGGAGCCAGGGCGCGUUCGGCGCCAAGGGUGAGAGGGGUCUACCAGGACAAACGGGACCAAUGGGGAGAAGAGGGAUGAUUGGUGGAAUGGGGUUGCCAGGGAAACAAGGAGAUCAAGGACCCGGAGGACAUCCAGGGGAGGACGGUGAUCAAGGGUUUCCAGGAUUCUUUGGGAUGUUUGGGCCUCAGGGUCCCCUGGGUGACUUGGGCCCCACAGGUAUACAGGGGCCGAAGGGGCCCCGCGGACUGAGGGGGAUGGAAGGACCUGCCGGCCCCUCGGGCAUCAUCGGACCCAACGGCCACCUGGGACCCCAGGGGGACAGGGGCAGCCGGGGGGAGACGGGACUGCAGGGGCCCAAGGGACCGCCGGGCCCCCGAGGACCCACAGGGGCCCCGGGACUUCCCAGUAUGUAUCCUUCAUUGAAACAGGAAGCUCUGGACGCGGCCUUCGAGGCCAUCCUGGACUCCCACGUUGUCCUGAGGUCAGAGAACUACCAGCACAUGGACAUGCCCAUGCUGGACCAGGGCACGGCGGUGUUCCAGACCCUGCAGCACCUCAGCUCCCUGAUCCAGAGCCUGAAGCACCCUCUCGGGAACCGGGACACCCCGGCCCGGAUCUGCCGGGACCUCCAGGACUGUGAACAGCGGAUGCAUGAUGGCGUUUACUGGAUCGACCCCAACCUGGGCUGUUCGGCCGACACCAUAGAAGUGACAUGUAACUUCAGCGCUGGAGGACAGACCUGCCUGAAGCCCGUCUCCGUCUCCAAGCUGGAGAUGGGAGUGGGCCGCAUCCAGAUGAACUUCCUCCACCUCCUCAGCUCCUCAGCCACGCAGCACCUCACCGUCCACUGUCUGAACACGCCCGUGUGGGCCACCGGACCCUCCCUGCAGCCCUCAGACCGCGCCGUCAGCUUCAAGGCCUGGAGCGGGGACCGGAUACAGGCCGGAGACGUGCUGGAGCCCACCGUGAUCAAGGACGACUGCUGGAUCAAAGAUGGCCACUGGCACCAGACCCAGUUCGUGUUCCAGACCCAGGACCCCAACCUACUCCCCAUCGUGGACGUGGACAACCUGCCCUCUGCGGACCCCGGCUCCCGCUUCCACCUGGAGGUGGGCCCCGUGUGCUUCCUGUGAGGCGGGGAAGACGCGCGAGACACGGAGCACCUCCCCCAAACCUCGGACUGCAGAGGCAGCCCGAGGAGCCACUAGGGAGGACAGAACCGACCAAUGAAAAGGCAGAGCUAUCUCAUGACGCCUGGCACUAAAAAUCCACCGAUGGAAAAACAAAAGAAUAAGCUUCUCCCGUUCAGAGACUUCUUUACAAGACCUGGGCCGGACCCUUCGCCGCAGACGGAAGGGAGGAAAUAUGACAAAUAUGGAAGAUCUCCAACGAUCUCUAAUGGACCACGUUGUAACAUAUUCGCUUCACGAUCUCAUUGUUUUCCAAUGUUUAAUCUUAAAUGUCCAGAAGGAGAUCUCUGCAGAUCUACUGAACUUGGUUUCAUCUGCAAAGUUCUUUUUUUUUUUUUAUGUUACAUCAAUAAGUACUAUUUAUACCUGUAUAUGUACUGUAUAUUUUAAUAUAAAGUGCAAUAGCUAUCGCUCCACAACUUUGCAUAACAAUUCAGGGCACUAGGUGAUAACUCAUCCAGAAAAGCAGCGAGCCACAGAUGGGACAGUAACCAGGGGACUCAUCACACGAUCGACACAGCAGCAUCAUCACACACAACCCCUGCUGUGUGGACGGUGUCAAGACGCUACCUCUGCUCUCCCUACCAAUCCAUAAAGACAACGGGGGCCAAUCUUCUGGGGGAGGAGGAGGAGACAUCUGGUGCUGCACGAUACUGCCAUGCAGUCUGCGGAGCGCCCUAGUCUGCUUCUCUUCUGAACUCUAAACAAAAGGGAACUAUGUACUGUAGUAGUAGCCGAAUUCAGCGAGGCUAACUCUCAAGCAUGCAGCUUCACGAGCAAAACAACAAUCAUUGUGGGUCUUGACACCGUGUUACAUUCUGUUCAAAUGUACAUAAAUAAUGCAACUGUACAAUGCAGGUGGAUGCUAUUUAAAUGUUAUUUAAAUCCCCCUUGGGCUUUUGUUCAUUCAGUGAGUCAGGCAUUGACUGUAUUGUUUGGUGAGUCUACGUGUCUUUCUAAUUAAACUGAGCGGUCCCAACACCACAAA